GAUCAACACCAGCCACACAAGCAAGGUCAGUAUUUUAGUUUUCAUGGUGGAAUGGAACGGUAACUAUAAAGAUAGAUGAAGAUGAUUGAUUAAGAGUAACAGUUGUGGCGGUUUAUAUAGGUGAAUUUGAGAAUAAAGAGAUGGAAAUGCAAAUCCAUGUUGAAGGAGGGGACAUUUCUUUGUUAGACUCUUCUUCUGGUGGGAUUUUUGAGAAGUCUCUGCCAUGUUUUGGUUGUGGCAUUGGAUGGUUCUCGUUUUUAUUGGGGUUUGUAUUUCCACCAUUAUGGUACUAUGCUACAGUGCUUUACUUUGGAAACUAUUACCUUAAAGAUCCUAGAGAAAGACCUGGACUUGCAGCAUCAGCCAUUGCAGCUUUGAUUUGCUCGGUCAUUGUCUUGGUUUCCCUAGUUGCUGUUUUCUGUUAGUUGGGUCUCAUGUUUUGACUGGACACAGGGAUUAUUCAACCACACUUGUUGAGUUUUCUGUACUGAAUUUGGGCAUACCAGUGCCAUGUAUGUUUAUCACUGUAAUGAAUUUACAAUAGGAACAUAGUAACUCUAACAGUAACACUUUCAGAAUGAAUAAUUGUAUUUCUUAAGCUGGGGGCAAGUCUUGGUGAAGUUAUUAAAAGUGUAUUUAUCUACUUUGUUUUACCAAAUGCAUUACUAUGCAAUUAAGAGUAAAUGAUACAGAGGUUGAACCAUCAAUUUCAAACCAUGAAAGAAGAUUUAGAAGGAGAGAGUAAUGAAAAUAAAUGCAUUUCUCUUGAAAUGAACUACAUCAGAACACUGCC